CCUAGCUGGCGGCACGUCCCCGUAUAGCGAAUAUAGGGGAGUACCCCCCCCGGGAGUUUGUACAACAAGUUAGGUGAGCUAAGUGUUUGUUUAUACAAGGUACAUGUGUGUCCAAGAAAAUGUGAAAAGUAAAGCUGUGUUUACAAAUAGAUCAAUCGAUAAGACUGUUGGCUGACCCAGGCUGCUCGAGACAACUUGGAAAACAACGCCGACUACUUGACUACAAGAACUGUAGAUGAAAUUGAAGCAUUCAUGAACCAUUCCAGUUACACAACUUCUCCGUCUUCACCAGGGGAUGGUGAUAAGUGUUUUUUUCUUCCUGAACCACAGUUUAACCGAGUUGAAGAUGAGCGAUAUUCAACAAACGUCACAACAGCAUUGAUAAACUUUGCUAUGAUUCCUUUCGCGCUUUGCUCAAACUUUCUUAUUGUAUCAGUGAUAACCAGAAAUCCUUCAUUUGCCUCACCAUCCAACGUGCUUUUGGCGUGUUUAGCUGUGUCGGAUUUUCUGGUUGGUCUUAUAGUUCAGCCAUUAUACAGCUGUUUCAGGAUUCUGGAAAACACCAGGCUGUACGUUCCUUGUCCCUUUCGAGUCGUUUACUCGGAGAGUUUCUGGAUUUGCUAUGGAGUAUCAUUUAUGACUUUAAGCGCGUUAAGUUGUGAGAGAUAUCUCGCUCUUCGACUUCAUCUCCGUUACAGAGAACUUGUGACAACACAAGGUGUUCUUCAUUUAGUGGCAAUUAUUUGGAUAUUUGAUGUGAUAUUAACAAGUCUACAGUGGGUGGAUCACGGAUCGUUUGUACGGCAUAUGCAGAUAUCGAUAUUCCUUCUCUGUGUUUUCCUGACAGUAAUUGUCCAGUUUAAGAUUUUUGGAAUUAUUCGUCACCAUCAACGACAAAUAACCGAGCAAACCUUGAACCCAUCGCAAGUCAGCUUUGCUGCCAUUCAAACAAAACUUGCAAAAAACAUGGCAUAUAUUGUUGGAUUUUAUUUGAUGUUUAAUUUACCCGUUUUGGUUGUUCAAAUGUGCCAGUUUGCCGGGGUGGAGUUCUCUUCGCUUAACGUGUUCAGCUGGGUUGAGACCAUCGCAUUCACAAAGUCAUCAGUAAACCCGGUGAUCUGUGGUUGGAGAAAUGCGGAAAUUAGACAAGAAGUCAUCAAAAAACUCAGAAAAUGUUUCAGAAGAGAAAUUGCAAUACAACAAAAUGGCAUAGAAUAAUUUAAAUUAAAAAACCCCUGUAAAAUAAAUAACCCUAACCCUAAAGGGGUUAUUAAGAACUAUAAUGCACUAGACAAUUUUACCCGGGGCUAGCGGGGCACUGAACGGGGACGUGACGCGUU